CAAAAACAAACUGGCGAGGUGGCAUUUGACCUACUGAAAUCAUAUAUAAAAAUAUAUCUCUAUAGGCUAUAGAACAGUGUAGAAAUCUACAUAUUUGCAUACCACUGGUCAGCAAGAUGGCGCAAGAAAGACCAAGACAGAGAACGAAAAGGAAGAAGUCCUUUACAGAUGCGUUAAAACAGAAAUAUUGUGUGGAUGAAAGCUCGGAAAAUAUGUCGGGCUUUGUGAUUGAAAUUGCUUUUCAUGGCAAACCAAAGACGAGUGGUUCUGAUGCUGAAUUAGCUUACUUGCGAAAUGUGAUUUUAAAUAAUAGUGGUGUAUGGAAGGCAGGCCUCCCACAUGAAGGACUGAAGUCGUUAUGUCCUAAUGUUGUGGACUUAGAUUUGUCAGACAAUUAUCUACAUGACUGGAGUGAUGUGCUGGAAUUACUUUCACAGCUACCAUGUCUGAAGUUUGUCAACUUUGCUAGAAAUCCUUUAAAAGAUGAGUGUCAAGCUUUAGAGAAAUGGAGCACAAGUUUACCCAGUAUAGAGAAUCUAGUAUUAAAUGGUACUAUGGUGUCCUGGUCAGAUAUACUUAACCUGUCCAAGAAUCUCCCAUCACUUAAAGAACUCCAUGUUUGUGCAAAUGAUUUUGACAAAGUAACCUGUAACAAUGCUGAUGUAGCACAGAAUCUGCCUAAUUUACACUGUCUCAGGAUGAAUAAUAAUAGGAUUCAGAGUUGGGAAGAGAUCUGGAAAUUGAGACAUUUACCACAGUUACAAUCUCUGAUAUUGUCAGAGAACCCUCUACAGAAUUUGUCUUAUGAGCACAAAGAUGAUGAUGUCACUGAUUUAUGUGUAUGCGAUCAGAACAGAGAUAUGAAUGGUAAUGUUGAAGUUCAAAAUGAGAUUCAAAACAUUGUUAAUGAUCUUGUGCAUGACACAUUUAGAAGUGUAGCAACAGAAGAAAUGCAGAUGGGAAGUUUUGAGGACACACUUUAUGUUCCAGAGGAGGAGGAGGAUGUUAUAACAUCACAUGACACAGAAACAUCACAUGACACAGAAAAUGAUAGUCACAUGGGAGGAAUGGAACAUGACAAGGGAGAUAACUCAGAAUGUGAAAUAUUUGAUAUGUCUAUUGAUGAAGGCUCUGACAGUCAGGGAAUAGUUUGUUCCAGAUGUGGAAAAUUUAAAAAAGAUAUUUUAGGAACAAAACCAUUCUCCAACUUGUCCAGUUUAUGUCUGAGUCAAACAAAACUGGGUGAUUGGAAAUACAUUGAAGCCUUGAGUAGAUUUCCAUCAUUGAAGUCUGUUCGAGUUAUGGAUAUAGAACUGACUACAAAACUAAGUCAAGAUGACAGGAGGAAGCUUCAGAUAGCAAGCCUUCCAAAUAUAAGCAUUCUGAACGGCAGUGAGGUGACCGUGAACGAAAGAGACAAGUCAGAAUGGCAUUAUCUACGAUUCUUUAUGGACAAUCCAAAUAAACCUCCAAGAUAUUUUGAGCUGGAGAAAAAACAUGGAAAGCCUAAACCAUUAAGAAACGUGACGAUUGUUCCAAGAGGUUUCAAGGAAUGGAUCAAUCUUACACUUGUGUAUAAGGACCAGAUGAUAACAUCCAGAGUAAGAGUUGUAGAACCUGUUGGCAAGCUGAGAUUGUUUGUUGCCAAAAAGUUCUGUUUGUAUGCCUCGGUAAAAAAUUUCAAGAUGUUUCAUUUAGCAUGUGGUCCUUUCCAUGAGGAGGAAAAUAAAGUAUUUGAAGAAUUAUCAACAAGAUGUGAAAAUCUACCAAUGAGCCGAUUUGACAUCAUGGAGGGGGAUCAAGUUCAUAUUGACCUUGACGAUGAUGAUGACUUCACCAAGGACAAGGGAUUCCUACAUUACUUAAUGCUGGAAUCAUAUGUGGACAAGGGAGAGGGGAGCAAAACUCCAAUUAAGAAUACUCCACCCAAAAAUAUUGCAUUUGUUGUGAAAUGAUAGACAUGUUCUACAACAUUGUAACGUGAUAGUGCUUAUUAACACAUGUACAUUAAAAGUUCCCCAUUCCAACAAACCUAGCUUAAGAGGAUCUCUGCAUGCUCUAGCUGUUAUCAUACUCAAAAUAAAUUAUUUAUCAUUGUAAUUUAAGACAUAUCAAAUUCAAUUCUAUGAAAGACACAUUUCUUUUCUUGAGAAUGUUUCUUUGCCAUGCACAGCUUUUGUGUUUUCAUUAUCUGAUCUCUUCUUCAUUCUUCUUUUCUAAAAGUGUAUUGUGUUUGUUGUGAAAUGAUUGACAUUGCUUCUCUACAAUAUUGAAUAGCAUUAUUUUAUUUAUUUGUUAAAUUGUUAUUAUCUUCAAUAAUAGUGCUUCUUUAUACAUUACAAUUGUCCAUACCUGCAAAACCUAGCUUAAGAGAGACUCCUACUGUUAUAAGACUGUUAUGUUGCUAAAAUACACUAUGUUCUAUUGUAAUUUAAAACAUACCUAUUGCUAAGGAAGCUGGCUUGUCAUGUUUUAGAUUAUUUGCCAGAUUUUCAGAAUCCUCUGGUUUUAUCCGUUUGAAUGGCUUGAAAAAAUUUGCCCUGUGACCUCCAUUUUUUUUGUAAAUCUUUAUCAUGUAUAAUGAAAAGCCAUCUGUAAAAGUCUUAUAAAUUUUAAUUUUUACUUUUUAACCGUUUUUGAGAACUUCAACUUGCAUGACUUGUCAAUGAUAAAGCUAUGAUAGGACGAGAGAAUAUUUUCCCGCCAAAAUUUUGAUGUCUUAUAUCUCGAAAACAAGCAUGGUAACCUAUAUAUUUAUUUUGCUCUUUGGAUUUCUUUAUGAAACCCCUAUCUAUAAUAAACUAAAGUUUUGAAAAGUUAAUUACUUUAAAACUGAGAAGAGAACUCCCUUAAUUCUAUGAUAGACAUAUUUCCUCCGUUUAAAAUGUGAUUAUGUGAUUACUUGACAUCACACC